AUGCCGAACUCUACGGGUAGUGAACUUAACGUGCUGCUGCGUCAUGUACCCAAGAUCGUCGUGUCUCGCUUCGUCAACAACCCAGAUCGACCUCGAGGACCCGAGAGCUCCUCGUUCCUCGCUACUGUGGCUCUCUUCGACAUCUCUGGGUUUUCAUCUCUCGGUAGUCGACUCAGCGAAGACGAACGUCGACAGAGCAGAGAAACCAAAAGCAAUAAUACUGAAACAAAAGUACAAACUGCAGCAAUACAAGGACAAACUAACCGACCGCGUUUAUCCAGUGGAGCACGCAGUAGCAGUGUAACAGCUCUCCAUAGUGACUCAAAAGUAUCCAAGUCGAGGAUUUCUCAACCAGUACUAUUGGCGCUACCAAGUUUUAUCGGUCCUACUGUUGGUAAUAUAUCCAGUCGAAGCUCACGAGAGUCAACGAGGUCGUUGAAAGACUACGAUGAUAGCAGUUCGGAGGAGGAAUGUCUUAGUCCAAGUGAUAUGAUGCGCCAAAGACGACAGAGUAGUGCGUUAUACUCAUCGUUUACUACCAAGACGUCAGUAGCGACACAAGGUAUCGCAGUCGAGACACUAACCACGACGCUAAACAAGAGUCUGGAACCCGUAAUUCGAGUGAUUCUGAAGCAUGGAGGAGAUAUCAUCAAGUUCGCAGGUGACGCUCUUAUUGUCAUGUGGGAGACUGAAGCUUCACGCGGUAAAGUUACACCAGCAGGAGAGCUGGUUUAUCGUGCAGUUUGCUGUGCUUUGGAAGCUUUACAUGCACUUGAGGGUACUGAUACCGAUACUAACGAGCAAGAAAGUGAACCCUCGCAUGAACAGCUACUCGGAAUGCACGUGGGUAUUGGUGUUAGCAACAUGACAGGAAACCACGUUGGUGGGGUAUUAAACCGGUGGGAAUUUUACCUUAGCGGAGAUGCUAACAGACAGAUGAGUUUUGCUGAGGAAAGCGCGAAAAAAGGUCAAUUGGCGCUCUCUCCUGAAGCUUAUGGUGCUCUUGAAACGCGGUUUGGAACAUUACCGGAGUUAGAUGUGGUUUGUCAUGCAAGUGGGAAUUAUCUGAUACUGGAGAUACCAGGAGAGCCUUCGAUAUCUGUACCGUAUCGCCAAAAUACUGCAACUGUACCACUAGAAGCGAGCUCCGACUUGAUCGGGUUUCUGCGAUGUUACGUACCUGGGGCGAUUGUAUCACACUUGCAAAAGGGUCUUGCUCUUACUCCCUGUCGACUGAAUGUCACCGUUGCGUUUGUGAAACUUGAAGGCGUAAUCGAGAUAAAAGACGCACAAAAGCAGCUACAAACGAUCCACCAGAACUUGUGUACUAUUCAAGAGUGUGCGUACAAAGCACAAGGUAUGCUGCGUCAGUUCGUUAUCGAUGAUAAAGGAGCCAUCGCCAUCGUCGCUAUUGGACUUCCUCCGUUUUUCCACGAAAACAACUCUUUUCGAGGCAUUAAAUUCGCAUCUCAAGUUUUGGACAGUGGAAUAAAGGCAUCCAUCGGGAUCACAACAGGUUCUGUAUAUUGUGGUUCUGUUGGGAGUAGUGCUCGAGCAGAGUACGCUGUUGUAGGAGAUUCUAUCAACUUGGCUGCUCGGUUAAUGUCUGCUGCUCCUGUGGGUGAAAUUUACUGUGAUGAUCGGACUCAUAAAGAGACAAAAGGAUCGGUUCAUUUUCGAGAUACGCUCGAAAUGAGUGUGAAAGGCAAGACCAAACCUAUUCAAGUCUUCCCUGUGCAGCAGUAUUCACAAGCUUCUGAAGCAGUCGCCACUUCUUCAUCAGAGCCGACGUGUCCAGCACCGUACAGAAGCAGCGAAAUCCUAGACGCAGUGCCCCUUUUCGGCUCCAUUCCAAGAUGUAACAUCAGUGAUACGAACGCGCACCGAGCAUUAAUUGUUUGUGGAGACAGCGGCACCGGUAAGACUAUGCUGCUGAAUCAUGUGGUACAGCGACAUUCUCUGCUUUGUUUCAAGGGAAAUGGUGACAGCAUGGAUACUGCCGAAGAUUUCCACUCGUGGAGAAAUAUCGCGAAAGCUAUGGCUACAGUCAUGGUGAAAUCUUCGUUGAACAAGGCUUCAUUGCCAAGAAUUGACGUGGCUUCUUUGACAAUACAUCGACCAAGUCAACAUGGGCGAGCUUCAAGAACGAGUACACUGACAACUCAUAACGAAAUCAGCGACAGUGAAGCCGACCUUGACAACAGCUUUAACGGACGCGUAAUUGACUGUGCAGUGGACACAACACCACAGCGUGUUACAGUCCUGGACUAUUUGUUACUUCACCAAAAAGUUACGAAAGAGACACUGAAAACUCUACGCCACUGGUUUCCAUACGACGACACAGGCACGACUGUAGAGCCUACUGCUGAAAAGGGAGAAGGAUCACUGAAAUCCUUUCGGCAAGUGAUGUUCUCUAUGAUUGCUGUAGUCAGCGCUGUAAAGCCUAUCAUGUUGGCUUUUGACGAUGCUCAAUGGAUGGACAACCGAAGCUUGAGUCUUGUACUUAAAGUCCUCGAAGAAUUACCAAACGUGUAUUUCUUUAUCACGGUACGAGGCUUAUCUUCCUCGAGUGCGAGGUCAAUGCUGCUCGCUCUAGUCAUGAGUCUCCCCAGUGUUGAUACACGACAGAUGAACUGCUUUACAUACCAGGAAACGAGUCUUUUCUUGUGUCAACAAUAUCAUAUCACCAUCAUGGAUACACAAGUUCUCAACUUUGUAUUUGAAAGAACAGAAGGCAAUCCUGGAUCUCUCAUCAAGCUCGUAAACUUCAUGCUGGAUGCCAAAUACAUUGCCAUCGAACCGGAGACCAACAACAUUGUGAUUCUUAAAGACUUGGACGAGAUGGAUACAUUGGUACCUCAACAUAUACGAGCUCGCGUCAUGUCGAUCGUAGACUCGGUGGAUGCCCUCGCCCAGACAGCAUUAAGACUGCUAAGUAUCAACCCUCAACCAAUUGAGGAAAUGAUGGUAAAUGGUGUUUUAACGCUCUUAUUGAAUGCAAAAUCCGACGCGAGCAUGAGCGAGGCAAGCAGCAUUCGACUCAAGGUUCCCAAACCUACAUCCGAAGUGCCAUUACUCCGUCAAGUUCGUGAAAGUCUCGCGCCUUGUGAAAAAACACUUUUGACCAUCGAUCCGCACAACAAACUCUACUUUUUCACCACUGAAGAGAUGCGUCUUGUGGUGUACGAUAUGAUGCUGCCAUCUCAACGUAAAGUUCUUCACGGUUUGUAUGCCGAAUGGCUCAAAUACGCUGCCAAAUCUGGUCAAGAGCCACCGCUCCUAGCAACAACUGGGUCGAAAUCUUCAGCUGGGAACGUGACGACUACCGAGCCUAUUAAAGCAUCAGCUAUUCACCCGAUGCCGUAUCAGCGGUACGCCUUAUUGGCUUACCAUCUUUCCCAGUCAGAUAACCCAAAAGAAGCGCUGGAAGCCUAUUAUCUCGCUGCCGAAGGUGCCAUGGAGGCCAAAGAACUGGGUUUUGCCGAAGACUGUAUGCACACUUCUAUCAAAAUCUUGAACACGCAUCCUCGCGUCAACGAUCUCUCUGAGCUGGACACUAUUCUACUGCGAAGUCGUAUCGAGUUUAUCCGCGGUACCAUCGCAGUGGAGAACAACGACUUGAACCAAGCGAUCGCCCACUUGUCCUGUAUCACGCGGUUAUUUAACCGCAAAGGUAGCGUCUUGCGGUAUCAUUCAAUCAACAUCCAGCGCGAAGGUCUGCCACUUCGUUCACCACUCAGCCUUACCAGUAGCCGUCGUACCAGUUUCCCCAUGUCGACUAUGGUUGAUCCUGCACCUGCCACACCUGGUUGUUUUGGGGUAUCAAGCCCACCCGAGACGCGAUGUAUGCCUCGCUUCUUCUCUUUCAACAACAUCUUCCCAUCCCAUUCACGGUUGGACGCGCCACUUAAUCGCCAACUUACGACUAAAACCACACGAUCCAAGAUGUCGGCACGGCUCAGACCAAAUCGCAUACAGGCAGAGCAAACUCUUGAGGCGUUGGACCACAUUAACUUCUACCGACGAAAGGCAUCGGCGCUUAUUAAGCAGAUCAAUUACGCCAAGAAGAAACAGGAUGAAAUGCAUCGCCAUAUCCAGAAAUUCGCGCAACGAAGUCUACAAGCGAAAGACAAAAGAUGA